UUGUAUUUUGGAACUUUACUGUGUCUCACUCGUUUUGCAUUAGUUUAAAUCGUUAUUGAUAUUCAAACUUUAGAGCGGAACGAGCUUUCGUACUCGAAUAAGUGAACCGUUGAAAAUAGGAACUAACGCCUUCGUUUACCAAAGAAUAGGUGUAUAUCGAAAUUUCAAAAAAGAGAAUUAUCAUUUUUCUUUGUGAGGGUAGAACUAUUUCUUGCCAUGUUUCUCCCGGUUAAUUGUUGAUUUUUUUCUGGAGCGAAAAAUUCGCUGCCAUUUUCAGGCAAUUCUAUUUUCUUGUCGUCGCAUGUUUCUGAAAGUUCCAUCGCAUAUUCAAAUCAAAAGGCCGUGAGAUCUUUAUAGGAAAGUUAUCUUAAAAAAAGACAUUUUUUAAAGACUAAAUAUCAAAAUUAAAUUUGAAAAAUAUAUACUUUCUCAUGCAUUGGAAAUGUUUUUCAUUCUGAGUCUAGCCUCAGUUAAACAUUUCACAUUGAAUACAAUAAGAAACCUGUAUCUUUCAGUUGAUACAAGAAUUAUUAACCAGUUAUCACUGGACUUUCGACGUGUUUCCAAUUCACUACAUAAAAUAGAACUACUGACUGUUUUGAUGAAAAGUUGACCCGCCGAUCAGCUAGCUGUGCCGGAACAAGAAACCGGAGGCCUGUGCUGACCCAUAGAGGCCUGGGGCCAUUGGUAAACCCUCUGUCAUGUCUUGACGUAGAUGAAGCCAGUGAAAUAAUUUUUAGCAGGAAAAACAAGUUGUUACUAAUGUUAUUUUGUCUAGUAGGGAAGAUGAGGAUCCUCGUUGUUUUAGCGGUUGUGGCAAGCUUGCAGUUCUCAGAUGCUCUGCCACUUAACGACAUUCUGAACGACUUGAGUGCGUCAGGCAAGGAGGCUUCCGGUGCUGAUGACGUACAUGGAGCAAUACCGGAAGUUGUGGAUGACUUUGAGAACUUCGAAGCGCUGGGAAGCAGGUCUCAAAAGUCUGAGCCAGCAGAUCACAAAGACGACAGUGCCUCUCAAAGUCAAUCAGGAUCUGCAGAGGAUGAAAAUGACGCUCUUUUUCGUGCGUCAGCAACGAAAGGAACAGAGUCUCGAUUUGAUGGAGAGGCCGAACAGCAAGAUGGUACAGGUGAUCAGCAGGAGUCUAUUUCCGGUUCCGGUGUUGAUUCUGCUGGUGUUAAUUUUUGGCCUGUUGUUAGAGCUGAGCUUGACGCAGACGACAGAGGACGCGACGGAGAGCUCCACUUGAUCCGCAGAUCUGAAAUAUCUACACCUGAGAAGGUGACAAGGGCUUCUGAAGACUAUAGUCCGCCUGUCGAGGCAACAUCCGGCGAAAAUGCAAGUGAAAGAAGAGAUCUUCCGGCUUCUAGUGGUUCUGGCCAGGAUAUCACUUCCGGUGAGGAUGACGCACCCUUUGAUACUUCUUCCGCUGACUCAGAAUCUGAUUCUGGAUGUUCUUCCGGUGACGGGUGUUAUGAGUCUGAAAGUGAACAAGGAGGGGAUGGUGGGGGUGUUAAUUCGCGAUCAAUUAUCUCCAAGGCCGAGGAGAAUGCAGCGUUCUCUCCUGGCAGCGCUUCCGGUGAUUCUUCUCCUGAUGUUUGGUCACAUCCGCAUUUCGACGUAACUGCUGGUCCAUAUGAUGACGCAACAUCCGGUUCCGGUGUUGAACCCAUCACAACUGGCUCCGGCUUUGUCAAAGAAGACGAAGAGAAGGAAAUCGAUUCACAUGGGAUCGAAGACGCCAUCUUUGAGGCCGGUAUACCUUUGCAGUUGAACCGAUAUACCGCUUCCGGUUCCGGUGUGCCCAGUCCUCCUCAAUCUCAAAGCUACGAUGAUAGUCAGGCUUCUGGUUCAGGAUCUGGAGCAGUUGAGAGGAAGGAAUCUGUUCAGCUCUUUGUAACACCUCAGCACCAUCACAGGGUCAGUCUAAUGGAGAAGAUGAUGAGACUUGGCAAACUUCAAGCCAUCAAAGUAUCACACGAGAAUGUAGAUGCUUCCAGCAGAAACGAAGUCCCACGUAUUUCUGAUGAGGAUAAAGCUGCCCAGGAAAUGCAAUCAGAUUUAGGGAGAGGAACCAAAGUGUCCUUCGUUCUGAAUCAAGAUUUUCACAGUGGGUAUGCAAAUGAGAAUUCAACAGCUUACAGCAUUCUUGCCAAUAACGUGAAAAGAGAGAUUGAAAGAGCUUUAGGAAGCAAUACAGUAGUCUCGGAAAUUUCUUUCUCAGAGGUUCGUGAACCGGCAGAGUCACCAAGAUUCUCCAAAGUCAUGACGUCACUUAAACUACUUGGUGACGUCACCAAAUUGGAAAAAGACGUCAAGAAAGGAAUGAUCAGCAACUUGGUCGUGGACAAGACGUUCUUUCACGCGACAUAACAAACCGGUUGAAAAACAGGAUUAACAGGAUUUUUCGCGACAAAGAGUCAACAAAUAGAAAUGAGACAUAUGGAAUCAAAGAUGGCAUUCAGUUAACAAUUAAAAAGCCACGUCGCAUUUUCAAGAUGAAGCAGUUAUGAACAUUCAUCAGAGUCGAAACCUCUCAUUUAAUUUUACCAUCCUGUUAAGUACCCUGCUUAGUUUGAGAUACUUCUCUCGGGAUUGAUAUAGGCUCAGCCGGAGAAAUUUGAAAACGGCGUUUUCACUCUGAAAACCCGUCAAAUGUUUUCCACCCACACUACGC